UUUUUCCGAUUACGAUAAACGAUACAAUACACAUAUAAGCCCCUCAAUUCUUACAAAAUUUCUCUAUUCACUCACAGACUUUCUUAUCUCCAAAAAUCCAACUUUUUUUAACAAUUUUUUUGUUUUUCUUCAUUUUCUGCAUAAUGGAUGAUCGCAAGGAGAAGACUGCACCAUGGCUAUCAGUGCCACAAUUUGGAGACUGGGAUCAAAAGGGUGUGAUGCCAGACUACUCUAUGGAUUUCUCAAAGAUAAGAGAGAAUAGGAAACAGAACAAAUCAAGAGCCAGUCUUGGAAAUGAAGAAGAACUUAUUUCCACAGCUAAUAGCAAGUCAAAUACGGUUCACUCAGCCCGCAGUGAUGAUCUCCAAUUCCAUCAAACCCACCCAUCAACAACAAGAAGAAGCAUUUUCAGCUACUUCAACUGCUGUGUGAAAGCUUGAAGUUGAUUGGGAUUGAUUUUACAUAUUUUUCUAACUUUUCUGUAAUGAUAAUGUUUCAAGGUGACUUUAUGGUAACUCUUCUAAGAAAUAGCAACUUAUUCUGGCUUUUGAA